CUUCCAAAGCGGAAGUUUCAUUGUGAAGUCACGUCUACGUAUUCCACGUCACGGUAACGGAAGUGGAGAUGGUGAUCCAUUAUCUGAAGCCGAGCUGAGAACUUGGGUUAUCGGUCUUGUAAUGUCGCAGUACUUUACAGGAUACAGACUCAGGACAGUCUCGGUCUAAAAGAGAGCCGAAACCUCUCGGAAGAGGAGGCGCUGAGUUGCUCGCUAGUUUAGCAGCCAGCUGCCUUGGCGACGAGCUGAGUAACGUUAACUAAUCUCAAGACAGCCAUCGAGGCAGCUCGCAGUUAUUUCAUUUUACUGUCGCCUUGUAUUGCGUAGCCAUGGCAACUCGGCGACUGACCGAUGCCUUCUUAUUAAUGCGGAACAAUGCAAUCCAAAACCGGCAGAUUUUGGCUGAGCAAGUGAGUACAUACGACCCCCGUCGUACUCUGAAUACACGUAGCAAUGCUGCGGAGUUUGAUGAGUUGGCUGAUGACCGUAUGGCCCUGGUGUCAGGCAUCAGUUUGGAUCCAGAGGCUGCUAUCGGUGUCACAAAGAGACUCCCGCCUAAAUGGGUGGAGGGAGUGGAUGAGAUUCAGUAUGAAAUCACACGUAUUCGUCAGAAGAUGAAGGAACUGGCCAGUCUGCACGACAAACACAUGAACCGGCCCACGCUGGAUGACAGCAGUGAAGAGGAGCACGCCAUCGAGAUCACUACACAGGAAAUUACACAGAUGUUUCACAGGUGCCAGCGGGCCGUGACGGGGCUCCAGACUCAGAGCCGUCAUUGUACAGAGCAAGAAAACAGGCUGUUGACCAAUGUGGUCUCCUCACUGGCUCAGAGCCUUCAAGAACUGUCUCUCAACUUCAGACACACACAGUCAAGCUACCUGAAACGUAUGAAAAACCGUGAAGAAAGAUCCAAGCACUUUUUUGACUCUGGUCCUCUUGUGGAGGAAGAUGAAGAUAUUGCACUAUAUGACAGAGGGUUUACAGCUGACCAACUAGUGCUGGUUCAGGAAAACACAGUGCUGGUAGAAGAGCGAGAGAGAGAAAUUCGACAAAUUGUUCAGUCCAUCUCUGACCUUAAUGAGAUAUUUAGAGAUCUUGCCGGAAUGGUUGUUGAACAGGGCACAGUCCUCGACAGAAUUGACUUCAAUGUGGAGCAAGCUUGUGUCAAAACAGAGGAGGGGCUGGAGCAGUUGCAGAAGGCUGAACAGUACCAGAAGAAAAACCGCAAGAUGCUGGUCAUUUUAAUUCUCUUUGUCAUAGUUGUUGUUCUAAUACUUGUUCUGUUCGGGACAAAGUUUAGGUGAAUCAUUCCAUGGCCUCUAGGAGGGAUCUACCUGUAUGUAUGAGAGAAACUGUUGUGUGCGUGACUGGGUAUGCAUGCUAACUUUCAACACCAUUGUUUGGGUGUGGAAAAUUUGGCGAAAUUUGGAAAGCGCUUACGUUUUAAAAUACUACACAACAAAGUAAAGCAAAUAAGGACGCCCCCUUCUGGUCACCAAGUGCAGUGUCUGGAGAUGUUCAUGUUUAAUUCUGUAGUGAGAGGCAGUUUUAGUACUCGGGUUUCUUUCAGAGGGCCAUUUGUCUUCAUUUUUCCCGCAUAAGCACAGUAAUUAGGAGCGUGGAUGCAAUAUGGCAGCAUGCUCAUCUCAACUGCCCUCGUCAUCUCAUUUGAAGAGUAAACAAGAGGAUAAUGGGAAAAGAUGAGUUAUCCUCGGAAGAUAAUCAUAUCAGCUUGGGGGAAUUCAAAAAAGAAAAGAAUUCCAAAAAAGAAUUUCAAAAGAAUUUCCAGGUCCUAUUUCAUCCCAAAAUUUUGCUUAAGUUAUCCUAAAAGCCUUGUUAAUGUUUUUCUUCUUAUUUUGUUGGACAUUUCCCUCUCAACUCUCAUUAUUGUAAUGCAGAAUUAAAUUAUUUUAAAUCAGAAAGUACAGUUGCAGUAUUACAGUAUUUUAUUUUACUGUAUAACAGUGGUACAAAUCUAAUGGGAAUCACCAUUGAUAAUAAUGGAAGGUAAAUUAGAAUACAUUAAAAUAACUGAGACUUUAGGGGCUUAAUGGUUGUAAAAAUAAUUUCAUGAUGCAUAUUCUUUUGAAUAUUGGGUUCAAUGUCACCUGAACGUGUUUUUAAAGAUUCGCCCACUUUCUUGGGUUCAAUCAACAUCAGUUGUCAUCAUCUUCAGUGAAACCUGUCAUAAGCUGCUUUUGAAUCAGACUUUGCUUGCCGGUUAGGAUGUGUUUGUUAGAUGAGAACCCAAGAUGACAUCAUAAACUGUUUUCCUGUAAUUUAAUCUGAAAUUUUUCCACUGUGUGUGUGUGUGUGUGUGUGUGUGUGUGUGUGUGUGUGUGAGAGAGAGAGAGAGAGAAGCACUGACAUUCCAGUCAGCCGUGGAGGAAAUUGCUGACUGAGGAAUGAGCAACGUGUACUCAAAGCAUUUACCAUGUUCAGUUUUUAAUUUUCUUUAAUGUUGUAAAAUGUAUAUCAUUGGGAUUAUGACAUUAGUUCCUCUGCCCACGUCAGCGGAGGUGUUUUAUGCACCAUCAUGUGUUUGUCUAUGUUUUAAUGGCAGUGUUGUUGUCAUUACAUCAGUAUCAUUUCAGUGAUUUAUUCAGUGAAAAGCAGGAGUGAUUCAUCAAGAUUUUUUGCUUCACUCUGUUCCUUGCCUUAAAGAGUGAACAUUUGUGCGCUGAACUUGGAUGUUUUUAAAGCUUUCCUUGUCCAUGUUUCAUUGGCUUGUGUUGUCACUACCAACCAUAUCAUUCAGUCUGACCUUUGAACUUAAACUGAACUUUGACCUUCCGUCUCAGACUGAAGUUCAGUUGGGUCUGCUGACUGUUAAACUACUGUUCCCUGUACAAGAUGAAAUUAUUUAUUUAAGAUGCAAAUAUGUGUACAGCAUUUAUGGAGUUCUAUUGUUGUCUAUUGGCAGUCCAGAGUCUUUUUUUUUUCUUUGUAUAUUGUAAUGAUUUACUUUUUUCUGUCCUUUCAAAAAUCAAUUCCUGUUGGCUUUUGUGAAGGGUUAUUGCACCACUACUGUAUGAUGGGGUUAAAUCAUGAAGUUGACCAUGUUAUUUUAUAAAUACAGAGACCGUUUGUUCUUAUGUAAUUUUAGAAGGUUUGAAAAAAAUAUAUAACUGCACAUUCAAGGCUUAAAUCCAUUUAAUGUGAUUUACUCCAUGGUUUUGGCGUGAAACCCCGUGUGAAUAUAAUAUUUUUCUGCCAUUAUGGUACUAUUGUAUGCUAUCUGAACCUUCUGUAAACGCUGAAUAGGUUUUUAAUGAAAUUAAAACAAAAAUAUAUAUAAA